CAUCAUGGCCAAGAGGAGCUCUCCUUUCUUUCCCCGCAUGUACGCGACGGUGAUCGCCCUGGCAGUCGUCGUCUUCAGCUCCGUCGUCGUCGACUGCUCGGAGGUCAAAGAUGACGCGGCUGCAACUCCGGACGGAGGGCGCGGGGGCUGGGCGCCGCCGGCGCCGCGGCCGGGCACCGUGCAUCACAUGUGCCCCGACCCGGAACCCGAGUGCGGACACCCCGGCGGCGGAGCUCCACCUCCGCCGCCGGCGCAGCACCGGAAGAUCGGCCGGAGCGGGUAGGGACGCCAGUGAUUAGCCGUCUGAUGAGUGAUGAAGUGAUACCCUCUUCUUGCCACCACCACCUUGUGAUAAGCAUGUACUCGUACAAUAUGAUCGAUGCUGCUACUGUAGUGCUGUGUGCCAUACCGCGUUCUGCUUGUUGCGUGAGACACAGCUUCAUAACCCCAAGAAAACAUUUCGUGC